AUGAACUCCAGACUUCGAGCGUCGUUCAAUGUCAAGCGAAUUGCAAUUGUAGGUGCAGGUCCCUCUGGACUGGCCGCAGCAAAGUUUCUUCUGGCGGAACAGUACUUUGAUAAGAUCGACAUCAUUGAGCAGCAAGCUGAGGUGGGAGGUGUAUGGAAUUAUACCCCAAAUAUAAGUGAUAGUGUGCCCGUCCCAUCAACGUCGCCAAGUGUAUCUCCUGAAAAGCCAAUUUGGCCAAAGGACGGAAACCCUCCAAUUUUCUCAAACCCCAUGUAUGAUCGUUUACACACAAACAUUCCAAAGCCGUUAAUGCGUUUCUCCGAUCGGCCAUUUCGCUCCGACUCUCUGCUAUUCCCUACACGCGAAGACGUUCAAGAAUACCUUGUACACUACUCUGGCGAUGUCAGACAUCUGAUUCGCUUCUCGGAGCAAGUCCAAGAUAUAAGGUUGGAGCCAGACAAUGGUCAUGAUCGAUGGCGAAUCAUUUCUAGAUCUACAAUCACCAACGACGAGAUCAAAGAGACUUAUGAUGCCGUUGUUAUUGCAAACGGUCACUAUUCUGUCCCUUUUAUACCUGAUGUACCGGGGAUUAAGGAGUUCAAAUCGGCUCAUCCAUCCAUCAUAUCACACUCCAAAAUAUUUCGUUCGCCCGAUUCCUUUGUAGGUAAGAAAGUAAUCGUGGUUGGAAGUGGAGCCUCGGGAUUGGAUAUUGGAACACAGAUCAGUAAGGUUUGUAAGAAGCCUCUAUUAAACUCAGUAAGAACUUCUUCUGGCGAGGGAGGAGACGGGAAGGAAGAGGUCCCUCCCAUUUCAGAAUACCUUGCCGACAUUAGAGGUGUGAAGUUUGAUGAUGGACGGAUAGAAAAGGACAUCGAUGCCGUAGUUUACUGCACAGGGUACUUCUACUCUUAUCCAUUCCUCAAUUCGUUGAAACCACCAGUUGUCACCACUGGUCGACGAGUGGUGGGCUCAUACCAACAUCUAUUUGAUAUCCAGCAUCCAACUCUUGCAUUUACAGCCUUGGCACAAAAAGUUAUCCCGUUCCCAAUAUCUGAAGUCCAAAGUGCAGCAGUCUCGAAAGUUUGGUCGAACAAGUUGGACUUGCCUAGUAAGGAAGAAAUGAAUUUAUGGGAGCAGGAAAGGGUGAAGGAACAUGGCAAUGGCACGUCUUUCCACGUCUUUGGUUACCCUCACGACGCAAAUUAUAUAAACAGUUUGCACGAUUGGGCGAAAAGUGCCAAAGGAGGAUUCAGCAAGGAGCCAGCGUAUUGGGAUGAGGAGAAGUUAUGGAUAAGAGAAUUAUAUGCAGACAUACGAAAGCGUUUUAUUGAAGAUGGCGAGAAAGCAAAGUCCCUGGAAGAGCUGGGUUAUGAUUUUGAGAAGCGCGACGAAGAGACGAAGAGAUAG